AUGCUCCACGGACACUCUAUGUCUGAUGUGGUCGCGAGACUCGAUGCCCUUCUUCUAGUAUUGAAGACCUGCAAAGGCGCAGAGUGCAUCAAGCCCUGGAAUACUCUGCAUCCGGACGGGGCCGUCACAAGUCUCAAGGAUGCACUGAACCCCAAGUUUGAUCAGUUCUAUCACUCGCAGCCGAAGGUUUCCUUUGACCGCUGUGUUUACGGCUACGAGAUUGGUGUCGAGGGACCGCAGGAGGCUCUAGCUUUCAAAAAUGGGUAUAGCUUGGAUGCUUGGGUUUAG